UUUGGAUCGUACAAUAGAACUUUCUCUGCGAAGCUCUUCAUACGGCAUAUCCAACACUGUAGUUGUGCUCCUCCGAGACGACCGAAUUGGUAGAUCGCUAUUGCCGGAGCUCUCGUGUGCAAAGCAGCAAUCGAAGAUGGUGAGACUGGCAACCUACUUCGGCAUGUCCUUGGGAGCCUUCGUCUUCUGGAAAUCCAUGGAUAAAAUUCACGUCUGGAUCGCCCUCCAUCAAGACGAGAAGAAGGAGAGGUUGGAGAAGGAAGCGGAAAUUAGGAGAGUUAGAGACGAGCUACUCGCCAAACAGAAGGAGUCUCUGGCCUGAAAUGGAAUUGAAGAGUUAUGCAUGCUGGUGUCUCACUCUGUACUUUGAUUCAAUGUGGCUCUUUUACUUUGAAUUAUGUUACAUUUAAGACUUAACAAAUAAUCUUUUAAGCAUAAUGACCAUGAUUGCCAUGGGGAACUUGAUUAUCUUGACUUUUUGAUAAAUUUCUACCUCUUUCUGAUUGAAGCAAGAGAAUUGGAGUGUA